AUGGAUGCGAUUCGCGGAACCCGUCAAUUCGAAAUCUAUUUAGCUUACUUAACGCGAUGCAGUACGAAAACCAAUGCAACACCGGCCAAACAAAUCCCCCGAAAGACAAACAGUAGUAGCAUCAAUCAGCCCAAAAGAAACGCAACGGCGCCCACACAAAUCCCUCUGAAUAAAAACAGCAGCAGCAGCAGCGACAGCAGCACUAAGCAGCCCAAAAGGAGAGAGACAUUAACGCCGCACAGUGAAACCGGUUACUUGUAUGACGCUAUCAAAAUGCUUACACAUGGGGCCCGCUCCUUUGUGCAAAUGUUGGAGGAAAUCAACAACAAAAAUUACAAGUCUGUGGCUGAAAUCCUCAGCCGACAUUCGACUUCUCAAUUUAACUCUGCCGAUUACGACGCCAUGCUACAAACUUGGGUGCAGGUAGCCAAAGGAUCCGAAGAACUGACGGAAGUAUUCCUACAAAGAAUGGCAUCACUGACAAUGCCGAAUAUGUCUGCUGAACACACGAGCACAUUAUUGUCAAGUUUGCGAAUGUACAUCGAAUCCUACAUAACAGGCGUAUUAGCCCGACAGGAAACUCUGUUGCUUACAGCAUUCGACUUCGUGAACCAAACAAAGUUAACAAUGGAAGAACACUCUUUACUUGAGAACCUCCUUGGAAUCAAUCAAGAAAUUCACACACACUCGUUCAAAACAAUGAACACAUAUGUGAUAUUGAUCGAUCGUUUGGCGGAUAUUUCUCAAACAAGUAAUGCUUUAGUAAUUUCCACAACAGAAAUGAUGAACAGAAAGAAGUCGUAAAUUAUCUCUCCACCUGAAGUUAUUAGCAAUGGUCCGUUAGAAUAGAUAUAGCUGCUUACAGAAUACAUCCCAAUCUCGGUAUGAGGUCUGGCACUAAGAUAACAUGUCGAGAAUGUUUUAAAGUUUACUGGCAAUUCGUUUGAACCAGUCCAACUUAUUUUCAUACAAGGACAAAGGCGUAUGCUUUCUGUGCCG